AUGGGCUACAGUUUUGGAUAUAGUCCAUCAAAUAGGCACUUUAAAGUCAUCAGAAUUGUCACUCAGCUACGAGUAGGUUGUGAAGCUCCAGCAAAAGCUGAGAUCUUUACUCUCGGACACGAUGAAACAUGGAGGAAUUUGGAUGUUUCUUCCAUCCAAUACUAUUUUCGAUCUAGUGCAAUUACACUUGGUGGAACUCUUAACUGGAUAGUUGGCAAGUAUGAAUGCACAAUCCUUAAAACAAUAACACAGAUUAGUAUUGAUCUUAUAGUUGGAUUUGACAUCGACAAAGAGAGGUUCAGGACAAUUCUUUUGCCCUCUGCCCUGGAAAGUCAAAAGAAAGAAAUGAGGCUAACAAGUGUUGGAAAUUGUCUUUGUAUAGCUGAUUAUAAUGAGUAUAUAUUUCAGAUUGAUGUCUGGAGAAUGAAAAACUAUGGAGUUUCUGAGUCAUGGACAAAAACCUGCAUUAUUUCGACAGUCUUUAGUAUUUCUUGA